AUAUUCUAGAUUAGAGAGCUCUAUUCUAGAUCUAGAUCUAGAUCUAGACACUAGGAAAAAAAAAUCACUAAGCGAAACUACAAAUUAUUUCGAAAAAAAAGGAUCAUUAUUAGAUCUAGAUCUAGUCUAGACUCUACAGUAUACUCAAGCCCAAGCCUACUGUCACUUAAGAUCUAGUCUAGAUCUUUUAUACUUGGCCAUCGAGUUAUAAUAAUGAACACAGACAUGAUGGUUGACAUGGAAAAUAAUGAAGAAUCUAGAUUAUCUAGAUCUUCUCAAGAUCAAAUUAACUCAAAAUCUAAUGCUUCUCUUGUACCUGAUUUUGUGCCUGAGAUGAAUUCUGAACAGACAAAUCAUAAUGAUGUAGUAACACAAGAAGAAAAAGAUAAUUUAUAUGGAAAUGGACCUGGAAGUGACAGUAUAAUGGUAGAGAUGAACUUGAGGGACACAGCAAGUUGUGAAGUCAAUAAUAAAGCGACAAAUGAAUUUGCUCUUCCUACUCCUCUAUCAUCGGAAUUGAAGAAAGUGAAAGAUCUCAAAGACAAAGCAAUGAAAUCAAAAAGUGACAUUCCCGAAAGGUCCAAAACCAAAAAAGUUCAUGAUGAUAAAGAAAUUAUUACACCCGAAAGUAGUAGCAUAAAUAUUUCUUCAUUUUACAAGGAGCCAGAGUGGAGCGGUUUGUGUGAAGCUGAUUACACUUUUGAUGUGCUGAAAAAUGGAAGCAUUAUUGACACUGUUUCAUUAAGUAAUAAACCAUUUUAUCUAUUUGGUCGUCUUCCUAGUUGUGAUGUGACACUUGAGCAUCCAUCACUGUCACGCUAUCAUGCUGUUGUACAAUAUGCUGCUAAAUCUACUGCUUCAUAUGAAAAAGGAUGGUAUAUUUAUGAUUUAGAUAGUACUCACGGAACAUGGGUUAACAAAAAUAAAAUUUCCCCUAAACUUUACUACAGACUCAAAGUUGGAUACAUUGUAAAAUUUGGUGGCAGUUCAAGGCUUCACAUACUUCAGGGCCCAGCAGAAGAUGAAGAAGAAGAGUCAGAUUUAACUGUUACGGAAAUGAAAGCACAGAAAGAAAAAUUACAAAAACAGGCAGAAAUUCUUCGACAGUUAGAAAUGCAAGAAGAAAUGAGAAGAAUACAGGAGGAACAAAAAAUAUUAGAAGACAGAGGAUGUAGUUGGGGAAUGGGGGAGGAUGCAGAGGACACUGGCGAAGGAGAAAACAAUUUUGCCUCUCUGGUUGCUGAAAAUGAAAGUUUGUAUAUUGAUGAUCCUAAGAAAGCAUUGAAAGGAUUUUAUGAAAGAGAAGGAUGUGAUCUUCCAGAUUAUCAGUUCACUGAAGUUGCACAGGGUAAACAUAAAUGUAGACUUGAAUUGCCAGUUGAUGGACCAAAUGGAGAAGAACUUAUAGCAGAAGCUGUUGUAUCGGGGAAAAGAAAAGAUGCAGUAGUUGCAUGUGCCUUAGAAGCAUGUCGUAUUCUGGAUAGAUUGGGAUUAUUACGAUCCUCAACUCAUGAAAGCCGAAAACGCAAGCAGAAAAAGUGGGAAGAUGAUGAUUACUAUGACAGUGACGAAGACACAUUUCUAGAUAGAACUGGAACAAUAGAGAAAAAACGAGUGAUGAGAAUGAAGAAAGCUGGUAAAGAUGACCCAGAAACUUAUGAAACUUUAUUAGAAAAGUAUAAUGCAGUCACAGGUGAAAUCAGAGACAUUGAAAACAAACUACAAAAAGCCAAAGCAGAUUCAGAAGCUCUGGCAUCAGAUGAACUUGAUGAACUGGAUGCCUACAUGGUGUCCAUUAAAUCUGGAGUCAUGGACACUAAAACAAGAAUGCAGUUGAAGGGAAACUUACUGAAGUUAAAGGGAGAGGAACAAAAGCUGAGGAAACUGGUGAAUGUUGUAAAACCACCAACAUUGCCUCCCUUGAAGCCUUUGGGAAUCUCAACUACUACAACACCUGCAGCGGUCGACAACUUAACAAAGAAACUUCAGCUACAACAAAAACAAGUUAAAAAAGUGACUCCAGUCAGACAGCCACAAAACAUGGAACUAAAACCAGAUGAUUUUGAAGAAGAUGAAGAAGAUGAUGAUCAACUUGAAGAAAAAAAAGAUGAAAGUCGAGUCAGACAAGAAGAGAAGAUAAACAUUCCCACAGAGAAGUCUUCAGUAGAUAAAACUCAGAAUUCCAAAAAAGAAAGUUCUUCCCAUUGUGCAAAAUCAUUGGGGCCAGCUCCAAAUAUGAAGACCCAAAAAGCAGUAAAGUCUAUGCACUAUCAAUCAACAGCUUCAACUUUAGGGACAUUAAAAGGAGAAAAGCAGAAUACUUCUGUGGGAUCAAACUUUGAUCCAGACUAUGCAAUGUGGCUGCCACCAACAGAGCAAGCUGGUGAUGGACACACAAGUCUGAAUGAUAAACUUGGUUAUUAAAAUGAUUGUAAUAUCAUAUUAAUAUGUAAAUAAAUUGAUUUUAAAAACACUUUUUCAUUGAUUGCAAUUUUCCAAGACUCUGAACACAGGGUAUUUUCUAGAGAGUUUUCUUGAGCAGUAACAAAUUGACGUUUGUUCUGUUUGAUGACAAAGACAUUGUCUUAGUUAUCUUAGUUAAAUAUGUUUCAUUAUUGCCCUUUAUUCUUCAUCCUUUUUUUACAAAGCUUAUACCAACUCACUCUGUCUGUCUUGUAAAAUGUUUGUACACGUUAUUUCUCUAACACCCAAUCUUGGAUCAAACUGAAAUUUUGGACAAUUAUUUCUUUUACCUGACAACACAAGAAUUAAUUUAAAAAAUUAACAAAUUAGUUAAUUAACUAUUGGUAAUUAAUUAUUUUGUUUAGUAUCUUGAAUAAAGGAAAGACUGAAGUGAUGGUAUAAGCUGAAUUAUUUCCCUGUGUAGGUUGCCACUUUAAAGUAAGUUUGAAACAAACAAUAGAUAGCUAUACAAUUUUCUGUUUUCAUAACUAUAUCUCACUAGCAGAAUGGUUAGUAUGUUGGCUUGAGGAGGCAUGAAAUAGCUCUAAACAAAAACAAUUGGUAAUAUUUCUAAUCACACAGAUUGAUUGUUGUUGGUAUAAAUUUAUUACAAAUUUAAUUUCAUGAAUGAUCCAAACUAAUUGUUUUUUUUUUUUAAGUAUUUCUUGGUUUCUUUCCUUACUAUGAAAAGAUUUGUAGAAUGGUGAAGAAGAAAGGCCAACUGUAAUGAUUACUUUGUCUUCAUUCAACAAAACACAUUUUACAAAUGAUUGAUCAAACUUAUUCAAUUAUUAAUUAAGAGUAGACAGGUUUUUGUGUAGCAGCCCCUUGUUGGAUAAAGCUGCUAUUAGAUCUUAAAAUCUAAAAUGCAAUAGAAAAUUUGAUUUCACCAUCAGCUUCAUCAUGCUUUAGAUAGGUGCAAUGGCUAUUAUUUUCCAUUUUAAAGCUUACCUGUACCCAUUUUUUUUUUAAAUAUUAAGUAUGGAUAUAUAAACUAUAAACCAUAAAAAAGGAAAAGAUUUUUUUUUUAUUAAAGUCAGUUUGUAUUACA